UUAGGUUAGGAAGGGGGUGCAGGUCUAUUUGUCAACAUGGUCAGGGUGAAGGCAGGACGUAGUUUCUGGGAAUGAUUGACAUUGUUUGGGAUUAUCGAAGAGAAUUAGUUCUGAAAGAGAUUUUCAGGAUUUUGAGACAUGAAGAAAUCAUUCUAGUGAUAAAAAUUCCAAAGCUCGAUGUGAAAAAAUUGUUCCUGAAUGACUGACUAUGCCCGGGGCGAGACGAAACCCAUCGAGAAACGGAGCCGGACGCCUGCUCAACGUGUCCUCCCCCACAUCCCCCUCGCCACCCUCGUCGCCUCAGAACGACGACAAAAAACUCGAUACACCAAAUAGUAGACUCCUGGCCCCAAAGCACGUACCAAUUCCAGCAGUCCCAGUGGACGAUCAGUUGACAUUUGAGGCCCUCUCCUUAGGCAUCUCCAUCAUGGCAGCUUGCUUGCAACUGCUGAACUUGUACAGAACAGUCUGGUGGCUGCCCCAGUCCUAUAACGACUACAGCAUGAACUUUUACCUCAUCGAUCCCUAUCUCCUCAUCUUCAUCUUCACCAUGGUCGCCAGGAGAUUCGUCUACGCAUUACUCCGACGAUUUGUCGAUGCUGUCAGUCCUGCAAGAUGGCUGCCAACCACUCAAAGGACAAUGAGAAUCAUCCUCCUCAUCCUCGUGCUGAUGAUUCUCCUGUGGUGUCUCUACUACAUGCACGAGAAGCACAAUACUAUGAAAGUUUUCUAUCUCUGCUAUCCCAGUAUAUCAGUUUACUUUCUAAUGUUUGGAUUGAGCAUUGGACCCUUCUUCGACAUCUCGACAGCUCCUCUCUACGUCAAGGAGGACAGGAAGACCAAAUUCCUGCUGGAUAAACCACUGCACAAUUGCUCGCUCAAUGCACCGGCCAUCAGGGCUGAGGUCUCCAGUCUGAGAUCUGAUUUCAACAGGAGACUCAAGAGGGCCCUAUUCGCUUCCUCGGGAAGUGCAUAUGUCUGUGGAAUGGCACCCGUUAUUUUUGUGCCACAACAUCUGCAUUUCAAUUUCACAUGGGUCAUUCAGCACGUCGUCCUGUUCUGGGUGGGACGAGUCAGCGCACAUUUCGCACAGGCCUAUCCCGUCAGAUAUUGUGAUGUUCUGCAUCGAGCAGCACUGCAUCUGGGAAAAUGGUCGAAAGUCGAGGGUAAAAAUGCUCACAUACCAUCGCAGCUGUGGAGUGACUCUGUCUUAUGGCCCCAUGGAUCUCUUGUCAAGUACAACAAGGAAUUGUACAGAUCUGAGGGGCUGUGUACAGCAGCCGAGCCAGGAAACUCGAGUCACUACAGAUUUUAUGCGUUAUUCAGCAAUCCAACGAUGCUGAUAUGCUCCCUCCUGAGCCUCCAAUUAGUUCUCGUAGCAGUGCAAUUACUCAUACUGUUAAAAACCGCCGAGUGGUACCAGGUACUCUCAAUGACACUGCUACUCGUUACCAAUUACUACACUCUCUUCAAAUUGGCGAGGGACUACCUCAUAUGCUGGAAAGUUUAUCGAGCUGAACGAAUUGUACAGGAGAGAGCACAGGCUGCCAUAAACGUAACUCAAUAGUCAUGUACCUUGUCAUAUGAACGAUUAAUACGUAAGAAUAACUGUUUUUAUUUUCUCUUGUGAUAAAUAAUAAAAGGUCAGGGUGAAUAACAACUCCUCACUGAUUAUGACGACAAAAUAAAAUGUAAUUAAAAAAAUAAUUGUGAUUAAAAAUCAACAGCAGUGAUUAGAAUGUAUAAUAUCGAUGGAAUAAGUUCGUCUUGGAGUAAAAUGUAUAAAAAAAGUCAUCGUGAUACAUUUAUUAACUUUCUGAAAAAUAAAUUAGUUGAUUAAUAACGAGA